UACUCGGAGAACGCGCAUUGGUGAAUACUGAAGGUGAAGGUCUCAGUAAACAACAUGGCUGCGUUAAGCUGGUUGUCGACGUGUGCACUGGUGUUGGCGAUUGCGUAUGCCGACAAUGAGGACGUCGCGAACAAAGAUAUCGUGCGAGGCGUAGUCAAGAGUUGUGCCGGAUGACGACUGAAUCGCCUACCAGAGGUCAAGAGGUUUAUUAGAGUAGAUCUCCCUCUGUUUCACAAUGUUAAGUUCGAGACAGUGCAUGGUGCCAACCCAGAGCUGUUUCUCCUAAACUCAGAAGAUGAGGUGGUUGAGAAACAUGAUCUGUCUGGUUUAACUCAGAAUGAGUGCACAAGACUUGUGUUAAGAAAGGGAUUUUUUAAGAAAGGCGAUGCUGAAGAGAACGUUCCAGACGAUCAUCAGGAUGGUCCAUACACAGAAAAAACAGAGUCACAGAUUGAUGAAGAUUUAAAGAAAUGGGAAGAAGCAGCACAGAAGCAGAAGGAGGAAGAAGAAGCAUUAUUAGAGGGUAUUAAACAAGGAAAUGCAGAAUCAAGAGAUGAACUUUAACAUGUUAAAGUAAUAAUUAGCUUUAACUACAGAUACAACAUAACUAGUCCAAUUAUACUCGAAGUAAAAGAUGACAUAAGUUAUUUGUCAAACCAUUUAUUUUGAUUUGGUGCUGUUUUGGAAAUGGAAAUGUGAAAUUGAAACAAAAAUAUUUCUGCUAAUUAUCUUGGAACAUAGUUAAGGUGUUAUUUUACAACUUUGUAUUGCAGUAAAAAAUAUUGGUUAAAGUUAUCAUAUUGUCACCUACUACUGCAAGUUCAUAUGCAAUAUUUCUUUUUCGAAUGAAUGUAAGUGUAUUUAUAUGUGUUGUCAUGGUAUAAUGAAUAGAAUGUAAAACCACUUUUUAUGUUUAUAAUAGAUGUAAUUUCACAAGAGUCAGAUUUGUGUCAACCAUGUUCAGUUUGGAAUGUGCAUGUUGAGAAACUGAAGAUCUUUUGAUCAACUUGACAGAAACAUGAAAUAAGGGACAGAAAAAAAGCGUAUUCCACUGCAUCUGAAUUCAGUUUGAUUGGGACUUGAAUAUUUGAUAUGGAACAAUUUGAUAUAUUUUGCUAAAUAUUUCUAUAUUUUGGGAAUAUACUAUCUCCCUUUGAUAUUACACCACAUAUAUUUGAUACAUAGUUUUGACAUCGAAAUAUUUAUUCUUCAACUGUUCAUUGAUUUCAGGGAGAGUUUUGAGUACUUCUCUGAGAAAUAAAUUCAUUGUUUUGCAAACUUUUGAUGUAAAAAAGAAACCACUAGAAUGAACUGAGGAAUGGUUGGCUUCAGUACUUAUUGGGGUCAGAAAUUGAGUGGAAAAAAACAUUUCUUUUUGGUGAUGUUGUGAUUUUGAGAAAAUAUGGAAAACUACUUAGAAAAUGAUAUUUUUUAUAAACUUUUGACAAACCUUAAUUUCAAGUUUCUAUAUCUGUUGGUGAUAGUGAUUAAACAGAAUGAAGUUGUGAAACUCCCUGCAAUUUUUAAGAAUACUUUGGUUCUGCUUGUGGCCAAUGCGUCAGGAACUUAACUGUAAUGGUUGUUUAGGAAUUUGUUAAGUGAUCAUGUUGUUAAAUGAUAUUUAUUAGGUUGUUUCCAUUAUUUAUUGAUGUUAUUGUCUUGACAGUGUUCUUCUUGCAACUGUGAAAACAUGAUUUAAGUUUCUUUAUUCAUAAACUAUGAGAACAUUUCUUACUUUGCUCAAUCUGUUUUGCAUCUUGUUUUCGAAUGGGAUCAGGGAUAUCGUUACUUGGAACUUGUAGCAUGGGUGUAUCUUAGUUUCUUAUUGUUUAGUUUCUUCUGAACAUAAUGUGCGUAAUCUAUUUGUGCAUGUCCUGCCAUCUGGUGGCUGUCUUGGCUCGUAGAUGAAGUCAGGUGUCUAAACAUUUGACACCUGAUGGAUGAACGUUCGGGUGCGAGACAGCCUCCAUUUUGAGAGACGUGUACAGCUGUAUGUGAUGUGAACACAUCAUCUUGCUAUGUCUCAACUCAAUAAAUUAUUUUAUUUUGA